CCACUGGCCGGUCUGCUUGUUUUCACCUAUUUCCCUUCUACUCUUUGUUAUUUUACCCAGCAUAAGGUUUUUCACGUGAAUAUUUCACGCCGCGGCUGCGCUCAGACCAGCUGCAACCAGACGGCUCCGUGUCUGCGUCUCCAGCUGCGUGGCUCCAGUCCCGCAGGCUGGGUCGGCCAUGUUGUUGUGUGGGGGUUGAUGGAAGUUUGGUAGUAGGAAGUGGAGAGGAGGCUCCAUCUCUCCGGGAUACUCCAGGAUCCCACUUUUCCUCCUUCCUCUUUGUUUUCCAUCAGCAGGCAUGCCUCUGCCGGAUUUUCCCUUCAGUGAUUUCUCCACAUGACGGACAAUGACAGCCUCUUGCAGCGCCAACAUCAGCCUUCAGGACUGCAACACUUGAUUUAACUUAAAACCAAACCGCUGGAUGGAUGAAGUGAGGAUGAAGGCGGAUCGGUCCCGGCUGGAAUAACUCGGAUUUACUUUGUCCCGAACUGAUUCAAGGAGAAAGUGGUGAAAAUAGGAAGAAAAAUCACACUGGAAGGACCGGGAAGGCUGAGACGAUGGGCUGUGUGAAGAGCAAAGAAAACAAAGGUCCCACCAUGAAGUAUCAGACCGACAAUUCCUCACGGUCUGACCCCAACACCUCCACCGCCGUGCCUCACGUUGGUCACUAUGGGCCAGAUCCGACGCAGACACAGCAGAAUCAGGCUCCCACAUCUUCCUCCAGCUCUGCAGCUCUGAAUUUCAACCACGCCCUCACUCCGUUCGGAGGCUCCUCCUCUGCCAUGACUCCCUUUGGAGGAGCGUCGACCUCCUUCUCUGGUCCCAUGUCCAACUCCUUCUCUGGUGCCGUCUCUAGUGGUGUCACCUUCUUUGUUGCCUUGUACGACUACGAAGCCAGAACAUCAGAUGAUCUUACAUUUAAAAAGGGGGAUCGCUUUCAGAUCAUCAACAAUACCGAAGGAGACUGGUGGGAGGCUCGCUCCAUUAACACCGGGAAGAAGGGCUACAUCCCCAGCAAUUAUGUGGCCCCCGCUGACUCCAUUCAGGCUGAAGAGUGGUACUUUGGCAAAAUGGGGCGUAAAGAUGCUGAGAGGCUGCUGCUCAAUCCUGGGAAUAAUCGAGGGACUUUCCUGGUGCGGGAAAGUGAAACAACUAAAGGUGCUUAUUCUCUCUCCAUACGGGACUGGGAUGAAGCCAAAGGAGACAAUGUGAAGCACUACAAGAUCCGCAAGUUGGAUAACGGGGGAUACUACAUCACCACGCGAGCCCAGUUUGACACGCUGCCGAAGCUCGUCAAACACUACACAGAGCACGCAGACGGACUCUGCCACAAGCUGACCACGGUCUGCCCCACGGUCAAGCCUCAAACUCAGGGGCUCGCUAAAGAUGCCUGGGAGAUCCCGAGGGAGUCGCUGCAGCUGGAGGUCAAACUGGGCCAGGGAUGCUUUGGAGAAGUGUGGAUGGGCACGUGGAAUGGCACCACCAAAGUGGCCAUAAAGACGCUGAAGACGGGAACCAUGUCGCCCGAGGCCUUCCUGCAGGAAGCUCAAAUCAUGAAGAAACUCAGACAUGACAAACUAGUGCCUCUUUAUGCUGUUGUGUCUGAGGAGCCCAUCUAUAUUGUCACAGAGUACAUGUCCAAAGGAAGCUUGCUUGACUUCGUCAAAGAAGGUGAUGGCAAAUUCCUGACGCUCAUCACGCUGGUGGACAUGGCCGCAAAGAUUGCAGACGGGAUGGCUUUCAUCGAGCGGAUGAACUACAUUCACAGAGAUCUGCGCGCCGCGAACAUACUCGUGGGCGAGAACUUGGUGUGUAAGAUUGCCGACUUCGGUCUGGCCAGGCUGAUAGAAGACAACGAAUACACGGCCAGGCAAGGAGCCAAAUUCCCAAUCAAGUGGACGGCCCCUGAAGCCGCUCUGUACGGUCGCUUCACCAUCAAGUCAGACGUCUGGUCCUUUGGGAUCCUCCUCACUGAGCUAGUUACCAAAGGCAGGGUGCCCUAUCCAGGUAUGGUGAACCGGGAGGUGCUGGAGCAGGUGGAGCGGGGUUACCGCAUGCCCUGCCCACCAGGUUGCCCUGAGUCACUGCACGAGAUGAUGAUGCUCUGCUGGAAGAAGGAGCCAGAUGAGAGGCCCACCUUCGAGUACCUGCAGUCCUUCUUGGAGGACUACUUCACCUCCACAGAGCCUCAGUAUCAGCCUGGAGAAAACCUAUAGCCAUAAGGAGGAAGAGGUUUUGCUUAAGACUGUUGAAUACAACUCUACUUAAUUUGUGUCCAUCGUUUUUAUUUUGGUUGUUUUUUUUUGUUCUUCCAUUGUCUGUUCAGAUUUUUGUUUUUACAUGAUUUUUUAAAAUCAUUUCACAUCUGGUACAACAAUUAUUGGAGGGAGGGAAUUUAUUUGCCUCUUAAUGUAGAUUUUAUCAAUAUGUAUGAUAGCAGUUAUGGGCAUACACAUUCACGUUUAAAUACCAGACAUCACACAGUGUUAUGUUUCUGUGAAAUAAGCUGUGAUUGAACAUCCACAAAGAAAUGUAAUUGAAAUAAUUUUGACGUCUCUAUGGUUUACUAUGGCAAUUUGCCUCCUUUUGCUGAACAUAUUCUCAAUGAUUUUCUCAGUUCACAACAUGAAACUAUGAAAGUAUGGAAUGUUAUUUCAGUUUUAGAUUUUUUUUAAAAAGUGCACAAAUUUUAUUAUUUUCUUUUUUUUUUGGUCUAGUCGGUAUUCCCUACACUUAUAGAGAAGAGAAGGGGCAAAGUGCAGUAGCCAGUUCAGUAUGUGGUAAAGACAGAAACGGUCCAGAGGAAAAGCUGUAGUGUCCAGUCUUUGUAGUAGUAAUGUUUGAAUCCAAAUAUUUAGUUCCCGAUCCUGACACAAGUCAUUUAUGAUUCGCUUUUUACCCAGGCUGACAAACCUUAACGUCAAAACCAUUUAUACACCCAAAACACUCAUCCAAUUUAAAGUAACUCGCUGCGUUUAAUCAGUAUUACAGGGUCCACUUUUGAUUGUGCUCCACUUAACUCAUUCGCCUGUGGCAUUUUUCAUGAUGCAGCAUGCAUUUUGUUUUGACAGCAACCAAUGUUUAGUCCGAACUCUAUUUUCUGUUGGACAACCUUAUGUUUCUAAAGGUUUCUGUGACUCAACUACUUCUAUACUACAGUCUUCAAUAAACCCCCUCCUCACUUAUGCUGACUUCAGAGCAGUUUUCAGAAAUGGUAGGCUAAGUUUGUUUUGUGUUUUGAUAUGACUCUUUGAUAAUUUGGCUUAUAAUGUGUAGAAAUAACAUACAGACGGUGUCCUUCUGCCUCAUCAACUUAGCAUUUUGUUUUGAACAUCAUAAAAUCUAAUGGAUUGUGUUUCAGAUGCUCUCUGCCCAGCCCUGUUACACAGUGAAGGUCUUUUUUAAAGAGUGAAACACUUUCUGAGUGAUAAGGAACACCCAGAUUCGUAAGAUUGACAAAAUAAUGUGAACAACCUAGAUACAGUUUUGCAGACGUUACAACUUGUAAUACAAUUGCUUUGAUCAACUGUUACAUCACAGUAGAAAACUGUGUUCCUAAAAUCCUGAACAAGCAAUACUUGUUUUGUUUUCUGAGUGUGAUUUACAGCAACAAUGAACUCUCAUCAAGUUUGCUGUUUCAGUUUUUUUUCCCACUCCAUAAGAGCAUUGGUAAAUAUAAAUGUAAUUAAAGUACUACUAAAUGUUUGUUCUUUAGCCGUUUUAUUGCGUCAUCGAAUUGGUGUUCGAAAGUAGCCCACUUGAAGGUUAGGUUUUAUUUUCAUAGCAAUGUUUCUGUACCAAGGAGCAGAUGUGUUGCCAAAAAACUGUUUAUCAUCACUUUUAUUAUCACAUUAAAAGCCCAAAAUCAUUGUGAUCAAGUUUUAAAAACCAUAGAUUUUGUAAAUGUACCAUUUGUUAUAUUAGCAAUUUCAGAAAUAAGGUUAAUAUAUUUUGUCAGUAGAAGUUCUCAGGGGGAUAAUCUCAUGCAUUCUUAUUCAUUUUGGGGUGAUAAAACUUAAAGGAAAUCUUACACAACUGAAUAUUAUGUCCUUUGUGUGUUUUCUGUGCUCCAUUUUCAUAUUUUGUUAUAAUAUGCAUUUUCUUACAUUACACAGUUGGUGUCUAAUAAUGUCACUUGGAGACUUUCUAUUUGCUCACCACCCAACCAAGCAGUAAUUUGUGUCCUGAUUAUCACAGUCCUUCUCUAUAACCGUUCUAUAUAUUGUCUUACCUGUUGGGUUUUUACAGUGAAGCGCUGCUGAAGAAACCUAUGGACUAAGGCUUUCUGUCAAGUCAUCAUGACAUAAAACAUUGCUUCCAGCUAAGUAUGAAGAAGACCUUUGCUGACCUUUGUCUUGAAGAAAGCAAAGCCUUUUAUCCACUAAACUGUGACUGUUGAGAAAACUUUGGACUUGCCUGUUUAUGUAACCAAAAGGACUCUGCAAACACUAUAUUUAAGACAUUGGAUGGAUGUUUUUAAUGGGGUUUUUUUCAUCUUUUUUCUUAAUGUUCUUUCAUGGACUCUGCAGGAUUGUAUUAAGAUGAAAAGUGAGCACAGGCCUUGCAAUGAGGGCUUUGUAUCAUAAAAUCAGAAUGCAUUUUGAGGAGUUAACCUGUGGGGAAUCAUCUGUGGAAUUUGUAGAAUAAAAACUUGAUUUUACACGCAA